GUCGUCGUCGUCUUCUUCUUCUUCGUCUUCUCAUCAUCCUCACGCUCCUUUCGCCUCGACCAUCUCCCCUCCGGUGCUACUACUGUAUCCUUCUUCUCAGCAUACUUGCCAACGCUAUCGCCCGCUCAGAGCGCCUUGCCCGCGCCCCCGACACGUUCUCUAUCGUGGACCAGGACUGGGCGAGAUAGAUCUACUGAGUAGCUGUACACGGUCCGGGCUCACAGCUCUCGCGAUUGCGAUAAGACGUGUGGCGCCCGAAGACCAACCGCUGCCGCAACGUCCCGUCGAGCUUGGUACUGUUAACCUUCCAGCGCGCAGCUCUACUCUUCCACCAGGCACGGGCAGGAGAAAAAAGACGGGCAGACAGAAUGGUACAGGACGUCGUUGACGAGAAAGAGCUGGCGCAUGCCAACGAAUUCAUACAGAAUGGACACCCGAAACCCUCCGGCGGCGUGGCACACGACGAUGACGAGGAAACGAAUGAGAACAUAUUUCUCUUCAUUCCCAACCUGAUUGGCUACUCGAGAAUCGUCUUGGCCAUCGCGUCGCUCUACUUUAUGCCCUUGCAUCCGCGCCGCUGCAGCUUCCUCUACUCCAUCUCCUGUCUGCUGGAUGCUGCCGAUGGUAUCGCAGCGCGAAAGUAUGAGCAAAGCACACGGUUCGGAGCGGUGCUGGAUAUGGUGACAGAUCGCUGUACCACCACCUGUCUGCUAGUCUUUUUGGCCACUGCCAAACCCGCAUAUAGUGUCAUUUUCCAGCUGCUCAUCUCGUUGGAUCUUGCCAGUCACUACAUGCACAUGUAUGCGACUCUGGUCAUGGGCGGACAGACGCAAAGCCACAAGAACGUAGAUGCGAAACGGAGUUGGAUCAUGAAUCUCUACUAUACCAACAAGACUGUGCUGUUCGUUGCCUGCGCGCUGAAUGAACUCUGCUUCAUCGGUCUCUAUCUGCUCUGCUUCAGCUCGCCUCUCAUCACCCCAGCCUUAAGGCUGCCCACCGAAACCACACCAACAUCACCCUUGCAGCCCACCCCAUCGCUCCUUUUCUCCAACCCCUUCAGCGCAGCCGCCAUGGAAUAUGCUCGCGCCAACAAGAUGGACUCCAAUAUCCCAUGGUUCAUCUUUGCUGCUUCAGCUCCAGUCAUGCUGUUUAAGCAAUACGUCAACGUCGUCCAAUUGGUGCAGGCCAGCAGGUGGUUGGCCGAGGGCGACAGGAAAGACAGGAAGAAGCUCGGGUUACCGAGAAAGAAGGGAAUACGGGCGAGGAAGGAUUUGUAAUGUCGUUGUUAUAUAUGGACUCAUGCCUGGUGGAGCAGGCCAGACGUUGCUCAGCACGACAUGGACUCAUAAUGGCUGCUGUGCUUGUAGACGAGCGUUUCACCUGCUGACUGGAUACAUGUCAGUGUGCUUAGCGUGGCGUAUGGGUCUUUUUUUGAGUGCGAAUUUGGCAUGGGAGAGGUCGGUCGACUCGCAGGUGGGUUUCUGCACAUACAAUUUCGGUCAUGUCAAGGGAAGUGUGAUUUAAUCUAGUUCCGCACUCCUGCAUCGUGUUCUACGUCCAAAGGGUAUUAGAAUGCCAACUGCACACAAGAUUCGGUUCUAUUUAGUGUCUCUGUAUAAGCUCCGCAGCGCAAUGUCA